AUGAAGAACGAGGGGCGUGCGGAGCAGGAGGAGAAGCAGCCGUAUACGCGCAAGUAUGGAUUUUCGUACGAGGCGACGUCCUCGGAGCCGUCAGUGGGCCAGCACCUCCGCGACAGGCUCCGGAACGAGCCCCAGAAGGUCGACGGGGUGGCGAAGUCUGUUUGGUUGGACGUUUCCAAGAGAGCGGAGGAGCGCCGUUCAGGCAGGAUCGUCGGGAAAGCGGUCGCGACCACCACGGAGUUGGAGGCGAAGCGCUCGAGCCCGGGCAUUGUGGAUUCGUGCCAGCGGUCCAAGAAAGUUUACGUGGGCACCGAUACCGUGGAUGGCGUGCGAGCCAGCGGUUGGCACUGGUUCCCGCUGGGUCUCGAGCGAUUUGCUGGUGAG